AUGUCCAAUCCAAUUACCACCUACGGCUUCACAGCCGUGCCGGCCUCUGCCUCCGCCCUACUCACCUCCACACCAGCAUACCCACGCAGCGACACCAAACCAAAGCCGAUCCCCGUCUCCGCAACUCCAAUCCCAUCCACCGAUCUAGCUCAGCGCAUAAAUACCUUCGCUCGAACUCUUCUCCCAGAACCAACCUAUAACCACUCUUUGCGCGUUUACCACUUUGGCCUAGCCAUCAAACGGUACCGCUUCGUUCACGCCGACUGGGAUUUCUCCGAUGAGACCUACUUCCUAGCAAGUGUGCUGCACGAUAUCGGAACGACAGACGAGAACCUGCAGAAGACAAAGAUGAGCUUCGAGUUCUACGGAGGUUUCUUGGCUUUGGAGGCGUUGCAGGAUGGGGGUGGGGCGCGGGAACAGGCGGAGGGUGUUGCGGAGGCGAUCAUUCGGCAUCAGGAUCUAUGUGAGGUGGGGAAGAUCACUGCCCUGGGACAGUUAUUGCAGCUGGCGACGAUCUUCGAUAAUACCGGCGCCUAUGCCGAUUUGGUCCAUCCCGAUACUAUCAAAGACGUGUCGGAGCAUUACCCGCGUCAGGCUUGGAGUCAAUGCUUUGCUUCUACGAUUCAUCGUGAGAACAGCCUGAAGCCGUGGGCGCAUACCACGGCCUUGGGCGAGGAGGCUUUCCCGGCUAAAGUGCUUGCGAACAAGCUGAUGGAACCGUUUGAAUGA